AUGUCACUUUCUGGUGUAAUUAGCACUGAAGUUGGGGUUCACUCAACAGCAGAAAAAUGGUUCAAUCUCUUCUCAAAGCAACUCCAUCAUGUUCAGAAGGUUGCUGAAAGAAUUCAUGGUGCUAAGCUCCAUCAAGGUGAUGAAUGGCACACCAAUGAUUCCGUCAAACACUGGACUUAUACCAUAGACGGUAGAGUGGUAACAUGCCAAGAAAGUAUUAAAUCAGUUGAUGAGAAGAACAAAAGAAUGGUAUUCAAGCUUUUUGGUGAAGAUAUCGACAAAGAGUUCAAGGUGUUUAACCUAAUCUUUGAAGCGAUUGAGAAGAAUGAUGGUAGUGCUGCUAUUAAAUGGAGUGUUGAAUAUGAGAGGGUAAAUGAGGACGUUCAUCCCCCGUAUGGAUACAUGGAGUUCUGUAACAAAUGCGUCAAAGAUAUCGAUGCUUAUCUCUUCAAGGAAGAAUAA